UGCUUUAGUCACAAUUCAGUCGUAUAUAGCGUUAGCUGGUUUCGCGCAUUGUAUAAACGAAAGUCAUUUUUUGUACAAUUUGAAGUGGUUAUUUGUGAUUUCCAUUUACCUAUUUCAAUUGUAGCGAAGAAGUUGUAUUUUUACUAUACACUUAAGUUACUAAUUACUUUAAAUACUUUUGGCGAUAGUCUUUUCAAUAAGAAACAGAGAACAAAAACGCUUGCUACAACUAACAAUAAACAAUAACAACUCUGUAUAUACAUAUGGUAUAUAUAGUACAACCAGUUUGUUAGUAGAUUUCCAUUUGAUUGUGAAGCGCUGGCACACUUACCAACUUUUUGGACAAAGCCGCUGGCUUUUAGACGCUUUUGGUAACAUUCAUUAGUAAUCAAACUGUAAUUACAGCGAUACAAAGUGCGGCCGAUUAAACCCAUCUGCUGUGUUAAAUUAAAUAAAUGAAAAAUAGUUUUUUGCAUAAACAAUUUUUUAAAGUUUUUCGCCAAAAGUUUGAGCCAAAGUGUUUAAUAAACGCGUACAAAAUGAGCUCGCUCUCAUUUAUGGAUAUGCUAAAGCUGACCUUUAAGGCUCUCGAGUUUAAAUAUGAACAAAGUAAACACACUACUAAAAUUUAUGAGGUAGCCAAGACCACCAAAGGCGAAGUGAAAGGUGUGAAGCGUCUCACUAUUUGGGGUGAUUUGUAUUUCAGCUUUGAACGCAUACCUUAUGCGAAACCACCAUUGGAUGAACUGCGUUUUCGCGCUCCCGUACCGGCUGAGUCUUGGCAGGGCGUGCUAGAUGGUACUGGUCCCGCCGAGAAGCCCCUACAGACAAAUGUUAUAUUUCGUAAAUAUAAAGGUUCGGAGGAUUGUUUGUACUUGAAUGUGUUUACUAAGAGUAUCAAGCCGGAGACUAAACCGGUUAUGGUUUGAUAUAUGGGGUGGCUUUCAAUAGGUGAGGCUACCCGUGACAUGUAUAGCCCAGACUUUUCAUGCAAAAGGAUAUUGUGCGGUGACAAUUGCUACCGACUUGGACCAUUUGGGUUCUUAUGUUUGGACGAUCCCAAUUUGAAAGUACCCGGCAAUGCUGGCAUUAAAGAUCAAAUAAUGGCACUACGUUGGGUAAAGAAAAUAUCGCAGCUUUCGUGUGAUACCAACAACAUUACUGUUUUGUGAAAGCGUGGUGGCUCCACACAUAUUUGUCUGCUUAGCGAGCAGUCUAAAGGAUUGGUAAACAAAGGUAUUGUUAUGUCCGGUAGCGCACUUUGCUCUUGGGCGAAUGUACCAAACAAACGAUGGGCAUAUCGACUAGCCAGAGCCUUAGCUACCAGGGUGAAGAAUAUGGUACAAUGUAUACGACUACCUGUUGAAUACAAAGGAACUGAUCUUGGCGUUGCAAUGGUGGUGCUAACAAAGAAGAAAACACAAUCGAACACUUUUGCUUUUGUCCCAACUGUGGAACCAUAUUGGACGGAACAAUGUGUAAGUGAACACCCCUAUGAGUUAUUGAAAAACGUGAGCAAUAGUAUACCGAUUAUUGGUGGCACUAGUUUUGAGGGUUUAAUUUUAUCCAGGUCAAAUAAACGCCGUCCCGGAACAUUGGAUGAAGUGAAGAACUAAAACCUCGUGCCAACCGAUGCCGGUUUCGAACGUGAUUCGGAAAAGGCCGAAGCUUGUGGUUUACAACUAAAACGCACUUUUUCGGCGAUGGGUUCGCGUGCCACAAUGAUGAAGUUCAAACAGCUGAAUUCCUAUCGUGAAUUCUUACCCAUAUAUCGUACUGUGCUCGCUUCAACGUUACAGCACGCAUCGACAUAUGUGUAUCGCUGAUUAUGACUCCGCGAUGGUAAUGCCAUACGUAAUAUUCUCUGCGGUCGCGGUGCAGGCACUUGCCAUGGAGAUGAUCUCUGCUACUUUUAUGCUUUAUUUUCGCAUAAGCCGACGAAGAUCCAAGAGUAUGAAAUUACGCGCACCAUGGUUGAUAUAUGGACCAGUUUCGCGGCAUAUGACCCGAAUUGUAGUAUGUUGGAAGAUCUGAUAUUCGAACCGGUACACACGACGUGGGCGACAUUUAGCUUGAACAUUAGUGAGAAAAUAGAAUUAGUGGUUCCUGGCAUGGACCAGAUCAAAGUGUGGAGUCAAUUUUAUGCGCCGGAAAACUAUAAACGGACUGCGAUGCAGGAGCUUUCAUGUGCGUGGCCGAUUGUCUACCUCAAUGUUAUAACUUUAGACAGCAUGCUUUCAAUCUUAUCUGUUAGUUAUAUUUUGUAUUACUACGGAUGGCUUUUAAAAUGA